AUGGCAAAUGUACCACAACCAGCUGGUAAAAUUGUUGUGGUAGUCAAAGAUCAGCAUAACGCUAAGUUGCUGUUCAAGAUAAAGAGGGAGGUUCCCAUAAAGAAGGUGAUGGUUGCAUAUUGCAAGAAAAAACAUGUGGAUUAUAAUCUCGUUACAUUCUUACUCGACGGGACUCGUGUUAGUCCCAAUCAAACUCCCAAGCAGCUCAAGCUGAGUAACUGUGCAGAAAUCACAGUCGUGUCGUCGAUGAUAGGCGGAGGCUACUUGUAGGAAAGGUGUGCGCAUCACAUUUUCAUCUCAACAAUUAAACAGCAACGGGCCAACGGUGACUAUGAUUUUCAUCAACAAUUACAACAACAACGACUGCUAAUUGACUGUGGGGGGUUUCCCAUUCUAUGAUGACUGAAUGAAAUCGUUUGUAAUGAAUAACACGAGUAGUAGUUUUACGUUUGUAUCAUUUAAUGGGUUCUCCUUUCGAAUCAUC